CGAAAACAUUCGUCGAGGGGUAUUCUAGGUAUUACCGGUGAUAAUUUAUGUGAAUUGACGUUUUUAUCCUUUGCCUCUAUAAAGAUCUUCUUCCGUUUUUGCAAUUACGGCGUCGCGCAUUUAGCGUUGUUUUGAAGCUCUCUCUUUCAAAUUCUGUUCGUCUCUCGCGAUCUCUCUCUCUCUCUCAGAUAGCUCCGAAACUUUCACGCAGAGUUAAGUGAAGCAGGAUGGGAUUGUCAUUCGCCAAGCUUUUUAGCAGGCUUUUUGCCAAGAAGGAGAUGAGAAUUCUGAUGGUUGGUCUUGAUGCUGCUGGUAAGACCACCAUUUUGUACAAGCUCAAGCUCGGAGAGAUUGUAACCACCAUUCCCACUAUUGGGUUCAAUGUGGAGACUGUGGAGUACAAGAACAUCAGUUUCACAGUGUGGGAUGUCGGCGGUCAGGAUAAGAUCCGUCCCUUGUGGAGGCAUUACUUCCAGAACACCCAAGGUCUUAUCUUUGUGGUGGACAGCAAUGACAGAGACCGUGUUGUUGAGGCUAGAGAUGAAUUGCACCGAAUGUUGAAUGAGGACGAGCUGCGUGAUGCUGUUCUGCUCGUAUUUGCUAACAAGCAGGAUCUCCCAAAUGCUAUGAAUGCAGCUGAGAUCACGGAUAAGCUUGGUCUCCACUCUCUCCGUCAGCGUCACUGGUACAUCCAGAGCACAUGUGCCACUUCAGGCGAGGGGCUUUACGAAGGUCUUGACUGGUUGUCCAACAACAUUGCCGGCAAGGCGUAGAGGGAAAGUUCGUGGUGGAGUUGAUUUGCUGAGCAAAUCUGGAUGCAGGGGCAAACAUUAUCUGAAUUUUUUUUUUGGUUUCCGUUUUCGUUAUUGUUCUGCUUUUUUUUUUGGGAUAUGUCGAUGGAUUUUGUGAUUGUACGUAGAACUUAGAAAAAAACUACCUUUUAUAUAGUUUUGGUAAAACUGUAAUCGAAGAUUUCACCUACUGCUUUCGUGGUUUUGGUCACAUUUUACUUGUGCACUUUGAUUCAUAUGUUGGAAUGCGGUUUCGUUGGCACCUGCUACACGAAACUUGAUGAUUUUGCUAGUAUUUGUCAUAUGAAUCAAGUAGAGGAAAGCCAUGACCAGUAGGCGAAAUGCUAGAGUGUGGCAGAAGAGGAAUGAGUAGACAAUUUAAUCAUAAAUCCACUUGUUUGAAAAAAAAGUUAACAUUCAAAAUUCUUUGCUGGCA